AUGGGUGCCAAUAUAAACCACAUUGUUUUGGCACGCACAGCGUUUUUUCUUGUCCUAAUAACACAAUGGUCGAGCAGCUGGCCUGUGGAUAAUCCAACUCUUGGCUUCCUAGAACUCCCAUUAAACACAUCCAAUUUGGACAUCCAGAGACCAUAUGACCUGCCUCUAAACGAGCGCUAUAGCUUCAUAGAUGGAGUGCAUAAGCUAUGGGUAUACUUCAGCGACAAGCCCCACUCGCCGGAAAGCCAGACUCAUGCUCGAACCGAAAUCCGAAUAAGGGGAUAUGAUUAUUCUUCAUGUGUAUGGCAAUUCGAAGGAUACGGGUAUGUACCAUGUGGAACAGCCAAUGUGACCAUAAUGCAAGUGUUUGGGGCAAGCCCUCACGCAACCACUCUAAUGCUUAGAGUUGGUUCAAAUGGUACACUUACAUACUACAGGACUGCAGUCCUGGAUCCUUACAUCUACGACAGAUGGUUCCGACUUAACGUGAUCCACGACGUCUACGCCUCGCAUUUGAAGGUUUAUAUCGAUGGAGUCCUCAAGUUUGAGGCACCCGGUCGAGGAGGAAAGUUUCAUUAUUUCAAAUGCGGAGUCUACGCUCAGCCGGAUGGUUCCUACUACAUGGAGUCUCGUUGGAAAGGGAUUAAGGUGCUGAAAAAAUGUGACUAG